GCCUUAGCCUCGUGGGGGAGGAGGACAGCGAGGAAGGGAGUACGGUGGCAAGGUGAGGUUGGCGGUGGCUGGUGCAGAGCCUUGAAUGGCCUGUUAAGGACUAUGUACCUUGUCAUAGGGCCAAAGUAAGCCCCUGAGGAUUCUCAAGCAAGAGAAUGAUAUGAUCGACUUAUUUAAAAUAUCAGUCUAAGUGUUUUAUGGAAAAUAGAUGAGCGGGGGACCAAAUGAAUGCAGGGAGACCUAGCAGGUUACUCUAGCAGUUCAGAUGAGAGAUGACGGCAGCCCGGGCUUGCUUAGUAGUAGAUGGGACCAGACAGACUGAUAUUUAGGAAGAAAUUAUAGGACUUGGGGACUGACUGGAUGUGAGGGAUGAAGGAGGAGUCAAGGACUACAUUUCUGGACUGAGCAACUGCUUAUUAACCGAGACAGGGAGUACUAGAAUAGAGGCAGGUUUCCAGGGGCUGGGGAUGCAGUAUGGACAUUUUGAACUUGUGACGUCUAAAAGUAUCUAAGGCACGUUGGGCAGACAACUGGAUAUACAGGCCUGGAGCUCAAGAGAAGUCUGAGCUAAACAUACAAAUUUGGCAUCUUUGGCGUCGAGGUGGUACCUGAAAGCACGGGAGCGGAUGAGAUUGUCAAGUGGAGGGUGUGGAUGGAGCAAAGGAGGUGAACAAGAACUGAUGUCUGAGGCUGGUAGAAAAGGAGCUAGAGGGGUAGGAGGAAACCAAGAGUGUAGUGUCACAGAAGCCAAGGGACAUGGUCCACCAUGCGAAAUGUCGCUGAAGUCAAUGAAAGAACAGGAUGCGUGCCAGAAAGUGUGUCCGAGAUCCAGGGUGUCUGUCACCGGGGCCGAGACGCAUCCAGAGCGUUUGUGACCGGGGACUACUCUGAAGGAGGCCUUGUGGAUGAUGUGUCUGCCCUGUCACUUUCUGAGAUGCUGACACUCCAGAGUUGGCUUUCAUUCUAUGAGAAGAAUUAUGAAGUCAUGGGGAGGGUGACAGGAAGGUUCUACGGAGAGGAUGGGCUACCUACUCCAGAACUGACCCAGGCAGAAGCCAUGAUCACCAAAGGCUUGGAGGCAAAUAAACAGGAACUGAAAGAGAAGCAGAAGUUUCCACCAUGCAAUGCUGAGUGGAGCUCAACCCGGGGCAGCCGGUUCUGGUGCUCCCAGAGGAGUGGAGGUGUGAGCAGAGACUGGAUUGGCGUCCCCAGGAAGCUGUUUAAGCCAGGUGCCAAGGAGCCCCACUGCGUGUGUGUGAGAACAACUGGCCCCCCUAGUGACCAGACGCCGGACAAGCCUACGCACAGAAAUCGUGGGGACCUGGAGCACCCCAGCUUGGAGGAAUACACAGGCUGCCCACGCCUAGCCGCCAGGUGCAGUGUCCCCCCCUGAGCUGGCGCCCUGCGUGCCCGUGGCCCACAGGGAGCCCUCACCUGCCUUUCCCUGGUGGGCCCUUGACCUCUGUGCCCUAGGAUGGCUCCUACAGGAAACAGGAGGGCCUGGAAGGACUGGGCCAUGCUCUGCAGACGGGCCUCACGCCCCUCCCCGUGGGCUCACCAUUUUGGUGACCGAGGCCGGCGCUCGGCAACCUGCCUAGUACUGGUCGGCCUGUUUUUGCCACUAGAUCUCCUCACCGUCAUCCUUUGGAGUUCGCAGGUAUUUAUGGGCACAAAUUUGACCAACUCAAAGCUAAGCGGAGAGACGCGCAGAAGGGCUCUGAGCUCCAACAGCUUCCUUCCCACGGACUCCCAGGCUGCCCAGAUCAGCUGCCGGCCUGGGCCCUGCUUGUAACUCCCACCCUGGUCAGGACAUCGGGGGCUACAUCAUUCCCUUACAACUCAGAAACAAGCAGACACAUCCAGAAAAGCCAUACGAACUAACAGUGUCAACACAACCCUGUUCCGGUUCCCCACUUGCUAAUGUGAGCCCUGACUUUUACAACCUUUCUUAAAAGUAAGACCUCUGCCCUAAGGCAAACUUGAAUUUAUCAAUACAACCAAAAGCCACAUUGACUAAUUCGAGCUGGACCAACAUAGUGAGAGGUGACAAUAAAACAGGAUAGGCUAAUUCUGGAAAUGGAAACGUUUUUGCUUAUAGGGAUGCAGCAAAUCCAGAUGACUGAACAAAGCAACAAUAUAAAGCAAGGAUAUUGUUUCUCUUUCAAACACUUACAAUUAGGGGUGGUGUGUUUUCAAAGGGAGAAGUCUGCAUUUUGAGCAAAAGGUAGUUUCAGGGCUUCCCUGGUGGCGCAGUGGUUGGGGGUCCGCCUGCCGAUGCAGGGGACGCGGGUUCGUGCCCCGAUCCGGGAGGGUCCCGCGUGCCGCGGAGCGGCUGGGCCCGUGGGCCGUGGCCGCGGGGCCUGCGCGUCCGGAGCCCGUGCUCCGCGAUGGGAGAGGCCACGGCAGUGAGAGGCCCACGUACCACAAAAAAAAAAAAAAAAAAAAAAAAGGUACUUUCUCAGCUCUAACACGGACACUGGCUAGCACAACAUCAAAGUUUGGGCAAGGCUGCAAAUGCCAAUACAAACAGCCUCAGCAGUGGGUGGUGUGUCCAAGGUCAUCUGUAAUCUCCCACACUGGACCAAGUUCAUACCCAUUACCUCCUGGAUUCUAGUUAAGCUCAUGGGGGCAAGGAGUUCCUACCUUACAGGUAAGGAAACGAAUCUGGAGCGAUUACGGGUUCAUGUUCUCCCCAUCUGCGCCUUCACCUCAACUUUUCCCAAUCCCCUCAGCUGUUAAUCUAAACAUUCUCUGUCCUCCCUUUCUUGAUCUUUUUUCCUCUCCUUUAUCAUUAAUCUCACUUAAUAGCUUUCCAGAUUCAUGGACUAGAAAACGGAGGCUGCCUGCCCUGAACUGGCAUGGCUCGCUGCCCUUUGGCCACAGCUGCUCUUCACGCCUGACUCUCGCUCUUGGCUCCUUUUGCCAUGCAGGAUCUUCCUCACCUGCCUUUCCGGUACCUUUAACCUCUUCCUGCCUCCUGGCUCUUCCCUCUAAGUCUGCAUUCAACAGCUCACUUCCCUUCCCUCCUGCCCCAUUCUUCUGAGGCCCCGUAUCUACUUCCUGUCCCUGCUUCCCGUCCCAGCAAAGCUUUGGAAAAUGCUGCAUGUACUCAGCCUUUGCUCCUCAGCCCCCAUUUGCUUGCAACACAGUCGCCCAGCUUCGCCCUUCCCUGCGCCACAGCAGGAUAAAUUCUAUACUGGCAAACCCACAGCCACAUUCAAUUAUUACCUACCUGGAACUGUCCCAUUUGAGGGCCCUCAUGAAAGCCUCCCUUGGCUUUUUCCUCAUCUCCCUUAUCUCCCUCGGGGGUUCCUUCCAACCUCCUGGAAAGCCUCUCCUCCACACGCCUUCCCACCAGCUCCUCUCUCUCCUGCGUCAGCUGCCAAGUCUGUCAUCUAGUCCAGGCAGCUUUCCUGACCAUUUCUGCAGGCACCGCAGACGCCACAGUUCUGGCAUCUAGUCUUCAUCUUCUCCCUGGUGAUUCUUCCAGUGUCCCUGGAUGGUUCCACCAUCGCCAUCUUAAAGCACCCCGUCACAACAAGUAAGAAUCCUGGCCAUCAUCCCCAGCCCCUUCCCUCCCGAGCCCCUCCUCCUGACCAGUCUCCAGGUCCUGGCAAUCCCACCCCCUUACCUGCUCAGUACUCCUCCUCUGGUUGAGGCCUUCCUUUCUCACCUGGUCUAACUGCACUCCCGCCAGCCCAUCCUCCACGCUGCCAAGCCAUCCCCUGAUGUUCAGGGCAUCCUCCGUUUAAACCUCUUCAGUGGCUCCCUUAUCUGUAAGGACCAGGUGCUGACUCUGCAGCGGCACACGAGGCCCUUCCAGGGUCCGUCUCCUCUCAGCCUCUGUAUCUCCGCCACCACCUCCCACGUGCACUGACCCCUCCAGCCUUCACCUCGCUGCUUUAUGCCUGCAACACCUUCACCCCGGCCGUCCCUUCUGCCUGGAAUGACAUGUCUUCUUCUCAGUUUUUCUACCUCUUAUCCCUUAAUAACUUAGCUCGAUCAACUGGGAGGCUUCAUUAACCACCGGCCCACCAGUGGAUUUAGAUGCACUUUCCUCUAGGAAAAUAAUACUGUGUUCACUUCUAAAAUAACAAAUGUCACAGUGUCCCGUAACUAUGAGUUUCCUAUCAGCCUCUCGCAUUGGACUGCAGACUCUCUUUGAGACAGGGACCAAGGAUCGCUUGGCUUUGUACCCCCAUAGCCACCAUACCUAGGACACGAGAAGUGUGCAGAAUUAGCUCUCUCUUGCAGAUGAGGCAACCAAGGCCCAAAGAACUUAAUAAAGGCACGCAGCAGUGAAGCUGAGCCUAGAACUCAAGGUUCUUGUCCUGAUUCAGUGCUGUCUUCGUGCCUCCAUGGUUUGGUAUGUCUCUGCCCUCCCUGGAGCAGGAGCAAACGAUAAGGAGGCGAACUUAAGUUAGGACCUUAUUCUGAGUUCCACACAGCCCUUGAGCUCAGUGCCUGAGGCAUCCCUGCUUACUCAACCCCAGGCUGACUGAGAACUAGUCACUGCCACUGCUCUCCUUAGUCCUUGGUUAUUCGACAAAUAUUUACCAAGCAUCUGUGUGCCAUGGGGUUGGGGCUGGGGGGAAGUGAGGCUCCUGACCUCCAGGAGCUUGUAGUAUGGCCAAGGAAAGCCCUGGUUAGAGCGGCCAGAGGCCACUCCGGGGUAGGAAUGCAGGGGUAGCGUGGAAGCCAGGGCCACAGAUGUUUAGAUCCUUCCAAAACAAACUGAUAAAGAAAAAGAGCAAAACAAGGCACUUAGAGUCAUCCCAGCCGAGUACAGGCCCGAACUCUGGCUGACGCAAGACCCCUGAGCCCACAUUUCAGGACACCCUCCUCCAGCCUCUGCGGGCUGCUCACUUCCUGGCUCAAUGAGCACUCGUUUCCUUUUUGAUGCCGACCACUUACUUUAUAGUAAACGGCCUCCUCACACCAGGGCAGUGGGUGAAUCUCCAAAGGAUUCUCCAAGAGUAGGUUGUCAUGUUAAUGAUCCAAAAGGCUCAGCCAUGAGAAGCUAGUGGUUACUGGAGAAAUGCCUCUCCUUCCUCUCUCCUGGGCAAGACUAUGGAGGAGGAAGGUAGUCCCGCCCUGAUGGGAGCCACAGAAAGUUCAGCUCGGGCAGCUAAGACUUGCUGACAGAGGGAAGUGGAGAAGGAAACUAAUACAUGUUGGGCAAACAUGCUGAGCAGGGAGGGAGCUUUAUCUGUUCUCGCUGAACCUCGAUGCCAGC